CGGGGCUGUGCUGGGGGCUGUGUGGGUCUCUUCACCCCGUGGGAUGUGGAGCUCUGCCAGGCGUAGCUGCGGUGUUUUCAGCUGCUCGGUUCCACUUAGGCUUCCUUCAUGAGAGCUGAAGCAUCCCUCGGGCUCACAGGGCCAUGCCCGGUGCCAGAAGGCCCAGCUCUGGCUUCUCCAUCAGAAAAAUGGAAAUUGCCACUCCUCCAACAUCAAAGUGUAUUAUAUACUGGAAAAGAAAAGUCAAGUCUGAAUAUAUGCGUCUUCGGCAGCUCAAGAGAUUUCAGGCAAACAUGGGAGCAAAGGCUCUGUUUGUGGCCAACUUUGCAAAGGUUCAUGAAAAGACUCAAAUUCUUAAUGAAGACUGGAAGAAACUUCGAGUUCAACCAGUGCAGUUGAUGAAGCCGGUCAGCGGGCACCCCUUCCUAAAACAGUGUACAGUUGAGAGCAUUUUUCCAGGAUUUCCAAGCCAGACACUGUACAUGAGGACACUGAACACAGUGGCUCUGGUGCCUAUCAUGUACUCCUGGUCCCCUCUUCAGCAGAACUUCAUGGUGGAAGAUGAAACCGUUCUGUGCAACAUCCCUUACAUGGGAGAUGAGGUGAAGGAAGAGGACGAAACCUUCAUUGAAGAGCUUAUUAAUAACUAUGAUGGAAAAGUUCAUGGAGAGGAAGAAAUGAUUUCAGGAUCAGUCCUCAUCAGUGAUGCUGUCUUCCUGGAGCUAGUGAAUGCCCUGAACCAGUACUCAGAUGAGGAAGAGGAAGGACACAAUGAUUCUGAAGUCAAACAGGAGGAUGGAAAAGAGGACCUGCCAGUCACAAGGAAAAGAAAACGAAUUGCAGUGGAAGGUAACAAGAAGUGUUCCAAGAAACGGUUUCCAAAUGACAUGAUAUUCACUGCCAUUUCUUCUAUGUUUCCUGAAUAUGGCUUCCCAGAUGACAUGAAAGAGAGGUACCGAGAGCUCACAGAGGUGUCGGAUCCGAACGCGCUGCCCCCGCAGUGCACUCCCAACAUCGACGGGCCGUGCGCGAAGUCGGUGCAGCGGGAGCAGUCCCUGCACUCCUUCCACACGCUCUUCUGCCGGCGCUGCUUCAAAUAUGACUGCUUUCUGCACCCUUUUCAUGCUACUCCUAAUGUGUACAAACGAAAGAACAGAGAGACCAAGAUUGAGCCAGAUCCGUGUGGAGCAGACUGUUUCCUCUGGCUGGAAGGAGCGAAGGAGUUUGCUGCGCUGCACAAUCCCAGGUCCAAGUGCUCAGGCAGGCGCCGCCGGAGGCACCAUGUGGUCAGUGCCUCCUGUUCAAAUGCCCCAGCUUCUGCGGUUGCUGAGACAAGGGAGGGAGACAGCGACAGAGACACAGGCAAUGAGUGGGCUUCUAGUUCCUCGGAGGCAAACUCCCGCUGUCAGACUCCUACCAAGCAGAAGCUGAGCCCGACCUCAUCCCAGCUCUUUGCAGUAGAGGCACAGCAGGAGCCAGUCGAGUGGACAGGAGCUGAGGAGUCCCUGUUCCGUGUCUUCCAUGGGACCUACUUCAACAACUUCUGCUCCAUCGCCAGACUGCUGGGAACAAAGACGUGCAAACAGGUCUUUCAGUUUGCAGUGAAAGAGUCACUUAUAACAAAACUGCCAACGAAUGAAUUGAUGAAUCCAUCCCAGAAGAAAAAAAGGAAGCACAGGCUGUGGGCUGCCCACUGCAGGAAGAUUCAGCUGAAGAAAGAUAAUUCACCUACCCAGGUGUACAACUACCAGCCCUGUGACCAUCCUGAACAUCCCUGUGACAGCUCCUGCCCUUGCAUUAUGACCCAAAAUUUCUGUGAGAAGUUCUGCCAGUGCAACCCUGACUGUCAGAAUCGCUUCCCAGGCUGCCGUUGUAAGACCCAGUGCAACACCAAGCAGUGCCCGUGCUACUUGGCCGUGCGGGAGUGCGAUCCAGACCUCUGUCUGACCUGCGGGGCAUCGGAGCACUGGGACUGCAAGGUUGUGUCCUGCAAGAACUGCAGCAUCCAGCGCGGUCUCAAAAAGCAUUUGUUGCUGGCACCGUCAGAUGUUGCUGGCUGGGGGACUUUCAUCAAAGAAUCUGUGCAGAAGAAUGAGUUCAUCUCUGAAUACUGUGGUGAGCUUAUUUCACAGGAUGAGGCUGACCGGCGAGGAAAGGUCUAUGACAAGUACAUGUCAAGUUUCCUCUUCAACCUCAACAAUGAUUUUGUUGUUGAUGCCACUCGCAAAGGAAAUAAAAUCCGCUUUGCCAACCACUCCGUGAACCCCAAUUGCUAUGCCAAAGUUGUGAUGGUGAAUGGAGACCACCGGAUAGGAAUCUUUGCCAAGAGGGCCAUCCAGGCAGGAGAGGAGCUCUUCUUCGAUUACCGGUACAGCCAGGCAGAUGCCCUGAAGUAUGUUGGUAUAGAGAGGGAGACCGAUAUCAUCUGAGCUGUGUGCCAGGCGGUCCCCACACAUUUUGCUGCUGCACCUUGUAAGCAAUGCCAUGUUUGCUUCACGCUGACAUGACUGCUGCCCGUGCUCCCUUUGUUGUGUGUGUCACAAGUGCUACUUUCCACCCAAACACCUGGAGAGAGACUCAGGGCAGGAGCAUGAGUGGCUGCCACCAGGACAGCGGCUCUGCCCAGCCCUGGGAUGGGGCAGGUUCCAGCACCUUGCGCUGCUGGUAAUCUCCUGGGCUGGAGGGACCAAGCAGCUGGGACAGUUGCCAAUUCUCAGUCUCUUUCCAUUUUCUGUCAACUGUUAGAAGAACAAGAGUGAGUGAAGUACACUUGAGACCUGGAGGGUAUGGCUGAAGGGUGACAGGACUGGCAUUCUCCUCCAGCCUCUGUCCCACAACCUCUGGUCUCUGGUGCUACCUUUUGCUGCCUGUUCUAGCAUUGGCUAGGACAGUGACAGUGUUGGAAGCCAUAGAGAUGUGUCCACACUCCUGCACGUCCCUGGGUUCCUCAGCUACUGUCACUGGGGUUCUGUUUUCCCUCUGCCUCAGCAGGCUGGAGGGCAGAGACCACCAGCAUGUGGCUCCUUGGGACAGGAAGAGCAGCACUAUGCAAAAGUCUCUUUGGGCAGGGAAGCCACUGAGCUGGUUAGAGAUGAUGUUACAGGAGUGCUGCUGCAAGCACAAGAGGAGCCGAGAGGAAGCACGCACCCAGGAGCAUGAGGAAGCCCUGCUCUCGUGGCAGGCUGUGGAUUGGCUGUGUGGUUCUUGCCUAUCUGCAACUGCUCUGCUGCCUGGGUCUUCUGGGGCUGGGGCAGUUCUGAGGCUGUGUGGGGAACCCCCUCUUGCUUGGCUGUGGCUGCAUCCAGCUUGGGAGCCAAGCUUUUGCUUGGAACGUCAGUGCUCCAGGCAGGUGCAUCCUGGCCACACAGUAUGAAAGCUGGUUGUUUCUCCAGCCUCUGUGGGAAUGGUCCCUAUCAGAGAGACGUGGGCUCUUUGAGACAUUGCAGACCCUUCAGGAGCCAGCAGAGUGGGUCCUCUCAGGUUGAGAACCUUUCUUAUUGCACAGAAUUGCUUGAAUGUUGCAGCGGUGAGGUUUGAGCAGAGCACAGCACUCAUACCUGUUGUGUGUGUUGACAAAGGGGAAGCUCUGUGGAUGCUUCUGGCAUUCUGGUGCUGGCUGUGGUUUUGGAGAUAAAGGGGGAAAUGUUCUUUGGCAAAGAGAGGUUUGGCAUUAGCACCCCAUGCAAGAGGAGAAAGAAAAAAGCACUUUAAAUUAAGCCUUCUCAGCCAGGCAGCUGGGCCCCGUGCGCCGCCCGGGGUGCUCUCAGGCUGAGGGACCACAGACCUCCCGCACCACUGCUGCCCUUCAGGGCAGGGACGUCUCUUCAGGCCUGGGGCUGGGCAGCUUGGAAGAACGGAGGGCUGCGUGGCUGGAGGGGUGGCUGGCUGGCUCUUCCCUGGACGGGGGCUGGGCCUGAAGGAUGGGGCUGUCCUGUAGGAGCCACGUGCCACCAGCUGGCCUGAUGCCAGGUGCUGGGCACUGCUGGACUCCUGUGCCAGCCUGGAGCAGUGCUGCAGGACGGUGUUUGCCCAGGACGGGGCCUGUUGCCCUGCUGCUCUGGGAAGUGUGAGGCUCCCAUGCAGGGCAUGGCCCAUCCCCAUAGCAUGUCUCCCAGUGCAGAGCGCCCUGGGUCUGUGCCAGGAGCUGAGCCCUCCCCAGCACAGGCGUGGUCCUGCCCUGCCUGCUCUCAGUCCCGUCUUGAGCAUUUGGGUCUGUGUGGAGCAGCACUUGUACCCCAGUCCCACUCCUUUGCCCUCUGCCCCUCUCCUGCCUCCGUCCCACAGCUCGUCCCAGCCCCGCUGUCCGCUCAGUGUCCUCUGCCACCUUGGCCGUAUCUGCACUAUGCCAGGCUUGUGUCUGUGGUUUGUUGACGGUGAAUUAUAAUGCACUUUAAAACUUACGUGGCUUCUAGCCUUUGUCAUAAUAAAGCGAUAAGCAACA